CUAGCCUCAGCUGAGCUGACAGAUGACUAAGCUGCAUGAAUGACCACCAGUUGGUGUCAUGCAAGAAUCUAUUUGCACUGACUAAAGAUAUUGGAAGAGUGAAGAUCAGAGAAUUUUAAGUCUGAAAUUUGGCAUCACUGCCCUGAACAAUAUAACCUUAGUUGACAUAAACUACUCAUACAGACGAAGGCAUUAUCCAUCACAAUAAGUAACUUUUUGUCUUUAUUUCAACUGGACAAUCGUGAUUGGAAAAGCUCCUGUGACAAACUUGAAGAAAACCUGACAUAAAUGAACAACACCACAACAUGUAUUCAACCAUCUAUGAUCUCUUCCAUGGCUUUACCAAUCAUUUACAUCCUCCUUUGUAUUGUUGGUGUUUUUGGAAACUCUCUCUCUCAAUGGAUAUUUUUAACAAAAAUAGGUAAAAAAACAUCAACACACAUCUACCUGUCACACCUUGUGACUGCAAACUUACUUGUGUGCAGUGCCAUGCCUUUCAUGAGUAUCUAUUUCCUGAAAGGUUUCCAAUGGGAAUAUCAAUCUGCUCAAUGCAGAGUGGUCAAUUUUUUGGGAACUCUAUCCAUGCAUGUAAGUAUGUUUGUCAGUCUCUUAAUUUUAAGUUGGAUUGCCAUAAGCCGCUAUGCUACCUUAAUGCAAAAGGAUUCCUCGCAAGAGACUACUUCAUGCUAUGAGAAAAUAUUUUAUGGCCAUUUACUGAAAAAAUUUCGCCAGCCCAACUUUGCUAGAAAACUAUGCAUUUACAUAUGGGGAGUUGUACUGGGCAUAAUUAUUCCAGUUACCGUAUACUACUCAGUCAUAGAGGCUACAGGAGGAGAAGAGAGCCUAUGCUACAAUCGGCAGAUGGAACUAGGAGCCAUGAUCUCUCAGAUUGCAGGUCUCAUUGGAACCACAUUUAUUGGAUUUUCCUUUUUAGUAGUACUAACAUCAUACUACUCUUUUGUAAGCCAUCUGAGAAAAAUAAGAACCUGUACAUCCAUUAUGGAGAAAGAUUUGACUUACAGUUCUGUGAAAAGACAUCUUUUGGUCAUCCAGAUUCUACUAAUAGUUUGCUUCCUUCCUUAUAGCAUUUUUAAACCCAUUUUUUAUGUUCUACACCAAAGAGAUAACUGUCAGCAAUUGAAUUAUUUAAUAGAAAUAAAAAACAUCCUCACCUGUCUUGCUUCGGCCAGAAGUAGCACAGACCCCAUUAUAUUUCUUUUAUUAGAUAAAACAUUCAAGAAGACACUAUAUAAUCUCUUUACAAAGUCUAAUUCAGCACAUAUGCAAUCAUAUGGUUGACUUUUGAAUGGAAAACCCCACAAUAUUAAGAAAAGCAUUCAUGUGACUUUAUUAGGGACACUAAACUACAUCAUUAACAUGUCACAGCUUGGUUGACAAUAAUCACCAAGAAAAUCUCUUUGGUUUUUAAAAAUAAGUAAACAUAUAUUCAUAAAACUC